AUGGGCUUGAUGCGUUUUUUUGGCCGUCUUGGAUACGGUUUGUAUUGUUGUAUUGUUGCAGGAAUCGAUCGAUGCCGUAAUGGUGAAGUUCGAGAAAACCGUCAAUUUUUUUUGGUGACCCGCAAAGUGUUUGGAGAUAAAUCUUUUACCUUAAGCUUACUGGAGACAGUGAUAUCGACUCAUCGAUACAUUCACACUGAUCUAUCAUGCUUACGGCUACGGUAA